GUCCCAACCUAGAUGCGUGUCGCUUCGGCGCUGAAGGCCUGCCGAGGCUGUCCCACCAUCCUUGGGCAUCGCGGCUGCUGCUCCUCCCAUUCCGUCGCCACGUCUCCUCUGACCCUGGCCUUCGUGCCGGCCUGCCAGCCUCCAGAUCCCACGGAAGUCCAGAAGCUGCAGGAGUUUGUGUCCAGAUCCCGGAGGCUCUUUGUCCUCACCGGAGCAGGAAUAUCCACGGAGUCGGGGAUCCCGGACUAUCGCUCGGAACGUGUGGGCCUUUACGCCCGCACAGACCGGCGGCCGGUCCAGCACGUGGAGUUUCUUCGGAGCGCCAGGGCCCGCCAGAAGUACUGGGCCAGGAAUUUUGUGGGAUGGGCCCAGUUUUCUUCCCACCAGCCCAACGUGGCGCAUUGGACUCUCCAGCGCUGGGAAGAGUUGGGCAAGAUCCACUGGCUGGUGACUCAGAACGUGGACGCCCUCCACGCCAAGGCCGGGAACCAGCGCCUGACCGAACUGCAUGGCUGCACGCACAGGGUCUUAUGCCUCGGCUGCGGAGACCGGACACCCCGCCACACCCUCCAGGAGCGUUUCCAGGCCCUCAACCCGACAUGGAGAGCCGAGGCCCUCGGAGUGGCCCCAGACGGGGACGUCUUUCUGACGGACGAGGAGGUGCUGAGGUUCCACGUCCCCCCAUGUGGGAAAUGCGGUGGGGCCCUCAAGCCUGACGUGACCUUCUUUGGAGACACCGUGAGCAAGCAGAAGGUGGACUUUGUGUACGAGCGCCUGGCGGAAUCGGAUUCCGUGCUCGUGGUGGGUUCUUCGUUACAGGUCUACUCAGCGUACAAGUUUGCUCUGGCGGCCCGCGACCGGAAGCAGCCGAUAGCUAUCGUGAACAUCGGCCCCACGAGAGCCGACCCCUUUGCGGCUCUGAAGCUCGGUUCUCGGUGUGGGGAGCUGCUUCCUCUCAUCGUCCUGAAGUGACCCCUCCCAGCACCGUUAGAAGCAAGCGUCGGACUACAAGUAUUUCCCCGUAGCUGGAGGUCACCAGACUCAGACCCUUUCUCUGGGCAGACUUGAAGUCCUAGGGAGAGGAGUAGGGGGCUGACGGACCUCCGAGGCAAGGUUUGUCUAUCUGUCCAUCGGUCAGUCCACGAGGUCUUGAUCAGAACUCGGAGACCAGACUUUUUGGGGCUUUCCAGCCUCCGCCGGUUCUAAGCACGCUCUUCGGUUCUGUAUCCUUAAAAGGGACGCUGUCGGCAACGUGAAAAACCUUCAUUUGGUUCUUGGGAAUGUCGGCUGCACAUAGUUUGCCAGGUUGUGACUGUCCCAUCUCCCUCGUGUCAGAGUGAAUGCAGAAGGAGAAAAAAAAAAGGGAAGGAUGCUCCGGAGAGAGAAAAGAGGAGAAACAGGACGGCCGCUGGAGGGCGAUGAUUUCUGCUCGUGCCAUGCAGGAUUGGGUCUCGUCUCAGCUCCUCUCUGCCACGGCUUCCCCUUCUUAACCUCUCAGAAACCUGUUUGGAGGGCUGGACCACCCUCGGUCCUUUGGGCAGCUCUGCAAGGAGCGCGGGGCCCCAAUCCUGCUGGUGAUUGCUAGGUAUCUACGUACUCAUUACGGCAAGCGGCCAUGAACUAAGGAAGCCCUGGCCACGCUCUGAACUGUGUGCCGGAUUGCACAACUGGCCCACACCUCUGUAAGGAGACUGGCACCUCAGUUACACCUCCGUAAAUCACCAGCAGGAU